CCAUCUGUUCCGGACCUGAAGCCUCUCAGCAUCGCUCACUCCGCCUCCGGUCAACGCGGCCACCAUGACUCGCAUCUCUGCUCUGGUCUUCCUAACGUCAUCCCUCCUGCUGUGGUCGUCUGCGCAAGCCUCGCUCCUCUGCGUCUGGACCAAAGUUUUGCCGAACGAUGAAGUGCACCGCAGCUUCCUCCGGCAGGACUCUGCAUCUCUGCGGCUGUACCACAGCGCCUGGUCCGGCGCGCGCACUCUGCUCGGCUGCGCUUGGAGCGAUGACGCAUCUGUGAUCCAGAACUACUUGUCUCUGUGCGAGGAGCGAACGCACGACUUCACCGACCACCCGGAUCCAAAUGUGCGUUUAAACUCCGUGUCCGAGGAGCGGUGCGUCCCUCUGGAUUCUCCAGGGGUGGAAGGACUGGGGUGGCCCUCAGUGAACAGGCCGGUGGGCAGCGAUGAUGGUCUCCCCGAGGCUGAGAGUAAUCAGGGUCGACAUGAGAGGUCAGAGGUCAGGACCCAUGCGCGUGUGAAGCGAGGUUUCAUUGUACCUGGGACCCUCUGGUGCGGCUCUGGAAACAAGGCGCUGUCAUAUGCUGACCUGGGAGUUUUUGCGGACACAGACAGCUGCUGCCGGGAGCACGACCAGUGCAAAAACACCAUCCUGUCCUUUCAUUCGGAGUUUGGUGUCUUCAACAGCAACAUCUUUACCAUGUCUCACUGUGACUGUGACAACAAGUUUCGAAAUUGUUUGAAGGAGGCGAAUGACAGCAUAUCUGAUGUGGUGGGAUACACCUUCUUUAACCUGCUGAAGAUGCACUGCUUUGAGUUCUCCCAUCGACUCCAAUGUAUGCAGAGAAACUGGUUUGGAAUGUGUAAAGAGACUAAAAUGGCUUUGUAUGCUGAGGUCCACCCCCCCACCCUGUACGAGUCUACCACUCCAACAGAGGCCGGCAUGAACAGCACCAGCGUCGACACCACCGCUCCUGCAGAGUUCCCAGAGAGCAGCACCUCACACCCACAACUUUUCUCCAUCACUGCUGCCGCAUCCACAGUCCCUACACCUUCAACAAGGUCCCCCUCCACCUCCGUCACUACCAAUGUCACCACCUCCAUAGUCACAACCAUAUCAGAGACACCUACUGGGUCAGUACCUGAGAGUAGAAACAGUCUGAGCACGCAACCCAUCCUAACCCAAGCUGUGACUGAGCUGGACGCUGAUAUCACAGGAAUGCAACUGUCGUGUGGUGUCUAUAAGGAUCUCGAUGAGUGCAGACACAAGAUCCUUCCCCAGCAGAUGAAAUAUGGCAUCCACAACCCAGAGCCCAGGACGCUGUACCACUGCAACUGUACCAAAAGAUUAUUCCAGACUUUGGUUAAACAGACACAACUGACCGAAGUACAGUCUCUUCUGCUCAUACAUGUGUCUCGAGCUUGCUUCCUCCCACAGGACUGCACUACGGGCAAAACCUGCUCAGCAGUUCUCUUGAAGGCAGACCUUCCUCAGCUCGAUCAGAGGAGCGGUGGAGAGGUGGAGGAGCAGCGCCUUCUACAGGCAGUGCAACUGAAGGUCAGGAGGCCAAACACCAGGAGAGCUAAAAGAAAAGACCGAGCUGUGAAGCUUCACAGACUGUGUCUCAGGAUGACUCGGCCCAAACAAAUGAACAAGAGCAGGAAACAUGGUCAAAAUGCUCAGCGGCCAGCUGUAGGAGGGAGAGAGAUUGUGUGAGAGGGAAUAUUAAGGAGACCCAAAGCUUUUGAUACUGAAUAAGAACAUAAGACAUCAUGAAGUAACCCUAUGAAUAAAUACAUACCAAAUAUACAUACAACCAUGGAACUUUGAAAUGUUUAUUAUAGGUCAUUUUUUAUCUCACAGCAUAAAUGAUCUUGUUACUUGUCCUUCAUGAUUGCUCUUCAAAUGGGACAGAGCCAGUAAGGUGAUUAGCAGUUUUGGUUUGAAUGGUCGGACAAACAAAGGCAGAUAUAAUUCGAUGUUAUUGAACCAACAAAACACAGCAUUCCCAAAGUUAAAGUAAGGGGAACUAAUUUCCAACAUGGUCCCAAGAUCUAUACAGAA